UUUAACCAAACGCCACUUGGACCACAUUCGGAGCUUCGAGCAGCGGGUGACGUCACCCACGCAGCUCCGUCGCUCACUCGCUCAAUUCCAAAACCCGAAAACCCAAAAAAGUUAAAUCUCGAUUUCAUUCUCCGUCGGGAGAGAGAGGAUAUUGAGCACUCUCCUCAUCUCUCUCUUGAAAAUUUGAUUCGAAAUGGCUUCCUGCAAUCGGUCUGAGUUUUACUAAUACCUCGGUCAAUCUUCAUCAUGGUGCUUUGAGAUGCUGUUACAGUAAAUCUUAGUGAUGAUGUGUUAGUGAGGCAGUGGUUGUGGUGAAAAUGUGGGAUUUUGCAUCCGGCUGCAUAGCUGGAAGUGUUGGAUUGAAAAGCGAUCCUCUAAAGCCGACGCAAGCAGCUCUCGAAUGUUCUGACGACGAGAGUUCUUCGGUUGUUGGCAGAGAGGAAGGACUAGAGUGCCCGAUAUGUUGGGAAUCCUUCAACAUUGUUGAGAAUGUGCCCUACGUUUUAUGGUGUGGCCAUACCCUCUGUAAGAAUUGCAUUCUGGGACUGCAAUGGGCGGUUGUGAAAUUCCCCACUUUACCGAUUCAGCUUCCGCUUUUUAUCUCCUGCCCGUGGUGCAACCUACUGUCCUUCCGGCUCGUUUACAGGGGAAAUCUCAGGUUCCCUCGCAAGAACUACUUUCUUCUCUGGAUGGUUGAGAGCAUGAAUGGUGAUAGGGGACCGCAUUCUAAUUCUACCUUCUCUGGUGAUAAUCAGUCAGUCUGGCCGGCAAAUGGAAAUGUCUCUGUGGGAACUCAAGCGAGCCACGGUACAGGUGCCCACAGGAGGGGGCAACAUAUUCGCCAUAUCGAGCAAUCUGGGUCGAAUCACAAUCAUGGCCCUGUCAAUAAUUACUUUGGUGUGGAGCGCUUGCAUUCUUCAGUUCGGAAUUCACUUGUUUUCUUCGUUCAUUUGACAGCCAAGUUCCCGCUGGUUGUCAUAUUUCUUCUGAUCAUCUUAUAUGUAAUACCUGCCUGUGCAGUCAUGUUGGCUUUGUACAUAGUCAUCACCGUUGUGUUUGCUCUCCCGUCAUUUCUUCUUCUGUACUUUGCAUAUCCUAGUUUGGAUUGGCUUGUCAGGGAAAUCCUCACCUGAGGUGCUAUUGGCUUCUUUGUUCACAAGCACUAUGAAUACAACUUUGCUCCUACACAAUGGUGGCGCCUUCUGCCCGUACUUCCAGCAUGCAAUUCGACGACUUACCAGGUUCCAAAGAUGCAAUGUUAUUGACUGAAUCAUUUCAGCUCUCAUAGAUAUUGGCUCGAGCAUGUUAGUUUCUCAAAUUUUUGUUCACGAAGAUAACGACUUUGUGCUUAUUGCAAUGCUCUUGCUAGAAUACAGUUUAAUUAGGGUUUUACAGGGUUCUUGUUUGUGUGAAGAUUUGUGUUGAAAUAAAUAUGUUUUGUAGUUCUUACUUUUGCUGCAAGAUAGGUGUAGGUGUUUCGUCUGCGAGAAGUAGGUUUUGGAUGAAAUUGUUAAAUAUGGUUAUGUAUUCAUCAAGAAAUUACUGGUUGUACA